AUGUGGACUUUGAUACUGUUCAUUUGCUUUUUGUGUCAAAUUUUAAAUCAUGUAUCUGCUGUCAAUGAUGAAGGAAUGGCUUUGUUGAAGUUUAAAGAGAGUGUAGAGAUUGAUCCUUUUGAUGCUCUGUUGAAUUGGGAUGUAAAUGAUAUUGAUCCUUGUUCUUGGUUUGGUGUUGAAUGUUCUAAAGACUGCAAAGUUGAAUCACUCAAUUUGAGAGAUCUUCUUCUUGAAGGGACACUUAGUCCUGAUCUUGGAAAGCUAAUUAACAUCAAGUAUAUUGUGCUAGAGAACAAUUCUUUUUCUGGAACUGUUCCCAGAGAAAUAGGAAAUUUGAAUAAACUUCAAGUGUUGAAUUUGGGAUUCAAUAAUCUCAGAGGAACAUUGCCUUCUCUGUUAGACAGCAUUUCAACUCUAGAAAUACUUAUACUGAAAGGCAACAAGAUUACAACCAAUGCAUUAAGGCUUCGAUUUAAUGAAGAUCAUUCAGGUUCAAAAUUUCAACAUUUAAUCAAACAUAUACAAGCUAAACAUCAUCAUAAAGGAGGAACUCAUGGCAAGGUACACCAACCUCCUUCUCCAUCUCCAUCUCCAUCUCCAUCUCCAUCUCCCUCUCCUUUUCCCUCUCCUGGUCCAUUUGAAAGACCAACACAUUCUCCAUCACCUUCAAUAAGUACUGAUUCUAUGCCCACUUUACUGGUUCCUUUGCCUGUGGAACAUCCUUCUAAGCCUCAUCACAAGCAUUUGGCUGCCUUGAUCAUCUGUAUAUCAGUUGCAGGAGUGGUGGUUUUAUUUCUGCUAGCCAUUUUAGCUUUUUAUGUUUAUCAUGGCCGAGCGAAAAGGGUUGUGACGGUUGUCUCUGAAAAGGCAUGGAAGACGGGUUUAAGCUGUCAAUUACAGAAGGCAUUUGUCACAGGUGUGUCGUCACUCAAACGAGAGGAGAUUGAAAAUGCUUGUGAAGAUUUCAGCAAUAUUCUCGGUUCUUUACCAGAUUGUACAUUGUACAAAGGGAGACUGUCUAGUGGAAUUGAAAUAGCAGUCACAGAUGUUGCGACUAAAUCAAGCGAAGAUUGGUCGUGUGUACAUGAAGCUCGAUUCAGGCAGAAGAUCACAAUGUUGUCCACAGUGAACCAUAAGAAUUUCAUCAAUCUGCUUGGAUUCUGCGACGAAAGCAGUCCUUUCACUAGGAUGAUGGUCUUUGAAUAUGCUGCCAAUGGAACACUUUAUGAACAUCUUCAUGGUAAAGAAGCAGAACCAUUGGAUUGGGAAGCACGAAUGCGGAUAGCCAUGGGAAUAGCAUACUGCCUUGAGCAUAUGAUCCACAAAGUUAAACCUCCCCUGAUUCUUAGAAAUUUGGAUUCAUCGUCUGUUUAUCUUACAGAAGAUUUUGCUGCAAAGGUUUCAGAUAAUGGGUACUUUUCAGCUGCAGUUUCUGAAAAUUCAGGUGUCUUGAAUGCACAAUUAACUAAACAAGAAGACAUUGUAUUAAAAUUUGGAGUUCUACUACUGGAAAUAAUGUCGGGACAGCUUCCAUUUUCUGGGGAUGCUGGCCUGCUUGUGACCUGGGCAUCAAGUUUCCCACAGGGAAUGACAUCGUUCAAAGAUUUUGUCGAUCCAAUGCUUGAACCUCCUCGUGAUGAGUAUUUGACUGCAAUUUGCAGGGUGGUUCUGUCAUGCAUUAGGAGAGACCCGGAAACAAGGCCAACAAUGGCUGAGAUCGCCGGCAAGUUGAGAGAGAUCACCGGAAUUUCUCCCAGUGCAGCUGCACCGAGUAUCCUCCCAUUGUGGUGGGCUGUGCUCCAGGCCUUGUCUACUGAUUUUGAGAGUGAUCAUACAGAAUUGAUAGAAUUAUAA